ACGCUCCUUCCCCACUCUCACAACUAAUCAUGAGCUUGCCCGACUUUAUGACCAACCCCAAUGCCGUCCUUGGCGAUACCGAGGAUGACUGGCGUUAUGGCCGCAUUCCUGACUACAACAAGGUCAACGCUGCCUUUGACAAGGAAAAGACAAAGGAUCACGCGGAAGGCUCUUUGGAGUGGUUGGUGUCUAACCUCGUCAAGAACUGGGAAAAGGAAAUGUCCUAUAAGCUCAAAGCCGACCAAAUCCGUACUAUCAACCGUGAAAAGUACAGAUUCUCUGUUAACGGUCUUAAGUGGCACACCAUCGAUGAGAUGCUCGAGAUGGGCACCUACAACGCUUUGAUCGGUGAUACCGAGCUUUACAAGGCCAGUGAGAGCGACUUCUCUGACUCUCACAAGUUGUUCAAGCGCGCUAUGGGUACUUUCUCCUGGGAAGUUCUAGAAGUCUACUCCGGCCCUCCUACUGUUGCUUUCAAAUGGCGCCACUGGGGCAAGAUGACUGGUGACUUGUCUGUCAAGCUCGGUAACGGCAAGAAGUUGGAAGCUGCUGCCAGCAACGAAGUCUGCGAGUCCUUCGGUGUCACCGUUGCCAAGGUCAAUGACAAAUUCGAAAUCGAAGAACUUGAGACUUUCUACGACCCUAACCUCCUCAUGAAGCAGUUGGCUAAGAACAGAAAGGAUGAGAACGGAGAAGUUAUCCAAACUACUAGCGGAAAGUGCCCUUUCAACCCCUCCUCUUAGGUUAGAUACCAAGACGAGUAGAUAAGAUUGGGUCCGUAAUUUAGAAACCAAAUACUCGGAAUUUUGAAAUCUACUGCCAAGCUUACAAAAGCUUUUUACAUCAUAAAAUUUACCCUGAUAUACCUCGAUUCUAUUUGUU